CCUCCGAGUCUUUUAGCAGCCGCAUAUUAAAAUUUUAGAGGGUGCUCCAUUCUAACUUGGGAAUGUAAAGGGCUUCCUUGGCCUCGCUGUGAACGCAGCUUGAGAUUCUGUAAAGGGAGGCGGAGCAGAAAGCGCGGGCCCCCACUCACUAGUGUGACCAUGGGCAAGUCACUAACUUCGUAAAUUUAAGUUGUAACGGUGAUAACCAACUCACUGUUUUUGCGAGGCCCUGAUCGAAGCCUUUGUAUUUAUUUAAAUCUCCUAAAAGCCUACUGAGGAAGCUGCUAGUAUAAUCUCCAUUGUCUUGCAAUUUAUUGGUCAUAUGAUCUGGACUUCAGCUUUUUGUGACUUUUUCAUCAUCUUAAGUGGGAUACUGAUGAAGCAUCGGACUGUUAUUUGUGAGGAUUACGUGGUGUAAGGCAGGGGGCUUUUUAGUUCAAUACCUAGAAUACAAAAAAUGUUGGCUGUGUGUUAGCUUCUGUGGUUUAAUUCACUUUACCCCACCCAAAGCAAACCCAGGUAAUUUUGACUUUCUGUUCUUGUUGUUGGGCAAAGCAGGGUGUAGGCAUCUCUAAAAAGUCCUUUCUGAUAAUUGAAGAGAGAUAGUUGAGGGGAAAAAAAAAGAAGUAAUUGAAAGCGCAAUAUGAGAAACUGGAAAAAAAAAAAAAGACCUUAUGUAUAAUUAAGCACCGUUGGCCUUUUGUAAAAUGCCUGUGGAAUUUAAAAUGAAUUUAUAUUGCAAUUCAAAGUUCCCCUAAAAAAUGAUGCAGUCCUUUUAUACCCUUUGAAUUGAACUGGCGGGGGGGGGGGUCCACCAGGUCAACAAAUCAAAAUUCAUCUUUUAGCAGAAUUUCUUUCAGAUAUAGAUGCACUUUAUUGGCUUCCCUGUAUUGGAGAACUUUAAAAAAGGAAAUUUAAAGCUCAUGUGAAUUUUCUACUUCAUAAUCUCAUGGGUUUUGCCCAUUAUGAUUGUUGUUGUUAUUUGGUGCCAUCAAGUUGGUUCCGACUCAUAGUGACCCUGUGUACAACAGAAGGAAAUGCUGCCUGAUCCUCCCAUUCUCUUGAUCAUUGUUGUGCUUGAGCUCAUUGUCCCAGCCAUUGUGUCAGUCUAUCUCAUUGAAGGUCUUCCUUUUUUUCAGUGACCUUCUACCUUACCAAGCAUGGUGUCCUUCUCCAGGGACUGGUCCCUCCUGAUAAUAUGUGCAAAGCAGGAAAAAAUUGACAUGUCUAGAUUUCCUGCUGAACAUAUUAGAAAUUUCAGUGUCAUUGCACAUGUGGAUCAUGGCAAAAGUACGUUAGCUGACAGGCUUCUGGAACUAACAGGGACAAUCGAUAAAACAAAGAAUAAUAAGCAAGUUCUUGAUAAAUUGCAAGUGGAACGAGAAAGAGGAAUCACUGUAAAAGCACAGACCGCAUCUCUCUUUUACAAUUGUGAAGGAAAGCAGUAUCUUUUAAAUCUCAUUGAUACACCUGGCCAUGUUGACUUUAGCUAUGAAGUAUCCAGGUCCCUCUCUGCUUGCCAGGGCGUUUUACUUGUGGUUGAUGCAAACGAGGGUAUUCAAGCCCAAACUGUAGCAAACUUCUUUCUUGCCUUUGAAGCACAGCUAUCAGUAAUUCCAGUUAUAAACAAGAUAGAUUUGAAGAAUGCUGAUCCUGAAAGGGUCGAAAAACAAAUUGAAAAGGCCUUUGAUAUUCCAAGUGAUGAAUGUAUUAAGAUUUCUGCUAAACUUGGAACAAAUGUUGAAAGUGUUCUUCAGGCAGUCAUUGAAAGAAUACCCCCUCCUCAAGGACAUUGCAAAAAUCCCCUGAGAGCUUUGGUAUUUGACUCCACCUUUGACCAGUAUAGGGGUGUGAUAGCCAAUAUAGCAUUAUUUGACGGAGUGGUUUCCAAAGGAGAUAAAAUUGUGUCUGCACAUACUCAAAAGAUCUAUGAAGUUAACGAAGUAGGAAUUCUGAAUCCUAAUGAGCAGCCAACUGAUAAAUUAUAUGCAGGACAGGUGGGCUAUCUGAUUGCUGGGAUGAAAGAUGUCACUGAAGCGCAAAUAGGAGAUACAUUAUAUCUACAUAAGCAACCAGUGGAGCCCUUGCCUGGGUUUAAAUCAGCGAAACCAAUGGUAUUUGCAGGAAUGUACCCUAUAGACCAGUCUGAAUAUAAUAACCUGAAGAGUGCUAUAGAAAAACUGACUUUAAAUGACUCCAGUGUAACAGUUUAUCGGGAUAGUAGCCUUGCUUUAGGCGCUGGCUGGAGGUUGGGAUUUCUUGGACUCUUGCAUAUGGAAGUUUUCAACCAGCGACUAGAACAAGAAUAUAAUGCUUCUGUUAUUUUGACAACCCCCACUGUUCCAUAUAAAGCUGUUCUUUCAUCAGCAAAAUUGAUAAAGGAAUAUAGAGAAAAAGAAAUUACAAUCAUCAACCCUGCACAAUUCCCUGAGAAAUCAAAAGUAACAGAAUAUUUGGAGCCAGUUGUUUUGGGCACUGUUAUCACACCAGAUGAAUACACUGGAAAAAUUAUGAUGCUUUGCCAGGCUCGAAGAGGAGUUCAGAAGAAUAUGAUGUAUAUUGAUCAACACAGAGUUAUGCUUAAAUAUCUCUUCCCUUUGAAUGAAAUUGUGGUAGAUUUUUAUGAUUCUUUGAAAUCCCUGUCUUCUGGAUAUGCUAGUUUUGAUUAUGAAGAUGCAGGUUACCAAACUGCAGAACUUGUAAAAAUGGAUAUUCUAUUGAAUGGAAAUAUUGUAGAAGAGCUAGUAACUGUUGUACACAAGGACAAAGCACAUUCUGUUGGCAAAGUCAUAUGUGAACGUCUAAAGGAUUCUCUUCCCAGGCAGCUGUUUGAAAUUGCAAUUCAAGCUGCUAUUGGAAGUAAAAUCAUUGCAAGAGAAACGGUGAAAGCCUAUAGAAAAAAUGUUUUGGCAAAAUGUUAUGGUGGUGAUAUUACCCGAAAAAUGAAACUUCUGAAGAGACAAGCAGAAGGAAAAAAAAAACUGAGAAAAGUUGGCAACAUUGAAGUUCCAAAAGAUGCUUUUAUAAAAGUUCUGAAAACACAACCUGAUAAAUAAUUGGUAGGAAAAUAUAAAGAAUUUUCAUAAAUAAAAUUUUUGUAUCCUUUAAUUUUUCUUAGUAUUUAUAUUA